GCGCGCCUCCCGCACAGGUUUGUCCCUCGGCGGCGGCCGUCGAGGGCGGGCUAAGAUGGCGGCGGCCAGCUGAGGCCUCGUGUGCUGCGCUCCCGGUGCCGGUGCCCGCAGCCAUGUCGGGCCGCCAGGGCAACAAACUACCCAGCAACCUGCCCCAGCUGCAGAACCUCAUCAAGCGCGACCCCACCUCUUACACCGAGGAGUUCCUGCAGCAGUACCACCACUACCAGUCCCAUGUGGAGAUCUUCACCUUCCAGCCGGACAAGCCCAGUAAGGAGCUGGCCGAGCUGCUGAUGUUCCUGGCGCAGGUUGCCCACUGCUACCCCGAGCACAUGGGCAGCUUCCCGCAGCAGCUGAAGGAGCUGCUCUCCUACCACCACACGGUCCUGGACCCCGACCUGCGCAUGACCUUCUGUAAGGCUCUGAUCCUGUUGAGAAACAAGAACCUAAUACAUCCCACGAGUCUGCUGGAGCUCUUCUUUCAGCUGCUGCGGUGCCACGAUAAACUGCUACGGAAGACCUUGUACACUCACAUUGUGACGGACAUCAAGAACGUCAACGCUAAACACAAGAACAAUAAAGUGAACACGGCACUGCAGAACUUCAUGUACACCAUGCUGAGAGACAGCAAUCCCACUGCUGCCAAGAUAUCUCUGGAUGUGAUGAUCGAGCUUUACAGGAGGAAUAUUUGGAAUGAUGCCAAAACAGUCAAUGUCAUCACAACUGCCUGCUUUUCCAAGGUGACCAAGGUGUUAGUUGCUAGUUUGAAGUUCUUCCUUGGAAAAGAUGAGGAGGAGAAACAGGGCAGUGAGUCGGAGUCUGAGGAUGAUGGCCCCACGGCCAGGGAUCUGAUGAUGCGCUAUGCCACCAACAAGAAAACCACCAAGCGCAAGAAGAAACUGGAGAAAGCCAUGAAGGUCCUCAAGAAGCAGAAAAAGAAGAGCAAGCCAGAGGUGUUCAACUUUUCUGCCAUUCACUUGAUACAUGAUCCCCAAGACUUUGCUGAGAAACUGCUGAAGCAGCUGGAGAACUGCAAAGAGCGAUUUGAAGUGAAGAUGAUGCUCAUGGACCUAAUAUCCAGGCUUGUUGGAAUACAUGAGCUUUUUCUUUUUAAUUUCUACCCCUUUGUUCAGAGGUUCCUCCAGCCCCAUCAGAGGGAAGUGACAAGGAUUCUUCUGUUUGCUGCACAGGCUUCACAUCAGCUGGUACCACCUGAGAUUAUCCAAUCAGUGUUGAUGACCAUUGCCAACAACUUUGUCACAGACAAGAAUUCUGGGGAGGUCAUGACUGUAGGAAUCAACGCAAUAAAAGAAAUCACCGCGAGGUGUCCCUUGGCCAUGACUGAGGAUCUGCUCCAAGACCUUGUUCAGUACAAGACACAUAAAAAUAAAAAUGUGAUGAUGUCUGCAAGAACUCUGAUACACCUGUUCCGCUCUCUGAAUCCAGAGAUGCUGCAGAAGAAGUUCAGGGGUAAGCCUACUGAGGCCUCAGUGGAAGCCAGGAUUCACGAAUAUGGAGAACUGGAUGCCAAAGACUACAUUCCAGGAGCAGAAGUACUGGAGGUUGAGGAUCAAAAGGAAAAGGGAGGAACCCAAGAGGAAGAUGGCUGGGAAAGUGCUAGUCUGAGUGAGGAGGACGACAAUGACGAUGGAGAAUGGAUUGAUGUGCAUCACUCCUCAGAUGAGGAGCAGCAACAAGUAGCAGAAAAAGUGAAAAGCAUGCCCAUAGAGGAACGAAAAGCCAAAGCUGCAGCAGUCAGUACAAGCAGGCUGCUAACUCAGGAAGAUUUCAAGAAAAUACGUCUUGCCCAGCUUUCCAAAGAACUUAAUUCUGCACCUGGCAAAGCUGCCAAGCGGAAAUAUAUUGAAAUAGAUGAUGAAGAGGAGGAGGAGGGCAGGGGGGAGUUGCUUUCACUGAGAGAUAUUGAACAUCUGCAUAAGAAGCCCAAGUCCGACAAGGAGACCAGAUUGGCAACUGCAAAGGCUGGAAAAACAGACAGAAAAGAAUUUGUGAAAAAGAAAACCAAAAUUAACCCAUUUGCCAGCUCUUCCAACAAAGAAAAGCAAAAGAAGAAGAACUUCAUGAUGAUGAGAUACAGCCAUAGUGUCCGGACCAAGAACAAGCGCUCCUUUAGGGAGAAACAGCUGGCUCUUAGAGAUGCGCUUCUGAAAAAGAGAAAACAGCUGCUAAAGUAAAUGCUGCAGAGAGCUUCAUCACCCUUGGAGAAGUUGCCCUGGAGAUGCCGAUUUGCACCCACCAUCACGCUGAGGGAAAGGAGGACUGUGGUGCCUUAUGGAUUUAGCUCUGAUCUGUUGGGAAAUGCAAAUGGAACUGUUGCAAGCUGGUGGAUACUGCAUCAGUAGGACACAGGCCUUAAUCCUGGGAGGAUUUUAAUUUGUUAUUAAAGCAUUUUAGGGAAGAAGGCAAUGAUAUUUGUAUUUCAUGUAAAUUACUUACAGUGGGUUUUAUAUGUGUAAUUAUUAAAAUACACAACUGUAUGGUAAAAA